GGACACCAUAUUCACUGGGAACCUCAACCACCCGAGUCCCAGCAAUUAAGGGGCUAUUUUCCUUUUUUUCUUUUUUUUUUUUAUCGAAUAUUUUUUUUUUUGCCUCGCGGUGUUGCGAGCAAGGGAGGGACGGCACAACAUAGUUUGCAUAUCACGUGACGCCGUAUUAACAAAUCAACAAUUACCUAGCCUUUAUUCUUUAGGAGUCGCUAAAAAAGGGGUCCGCGAGACGGCGUCGGAGAGAGCUCCAUGGAAAUGUGCGAGCGGAGUCCUCUCAAUGCCGGCUACGUGGGUUCCCUGCUGAAUUUCCCCUCCCCGGAGUCGCUGUAUUUCCCCAACCUGCGGGGCAAUGGAGCCCACAUCCCCGCGCUCCACCAGCUCUCCUACGGCAGGAGGGAGGUGUGCACGCUCCCGUGGACCCCCUCCGCUCCGUGCGCAUCGCCGCAGCAGAGCCGCGCCUUCGGGGGCUAUUCCCCGCCGUUCCUGCCCAACCCGGUGUCCUUCAACGGCGGCGGCGGCGGCGCCGCCAGCCACGCCAAGGCGCACUUGGACGAGUCGAGCCGAUACUGCUACCAGGACGCGAACCACAAGCCCGACGACUCCGCUAAGCAGCACCACGGGUUCGCCGGCGAGCACGGUAUCCACAGCUCCAAGUAUGAGUACUCGGACCCGGACGGUCGGGCGCACGGUGCGGCGACUCAGCCGGAGCUGAGCCCCACGGGCCAGACGGCCGGGACCGGCGUCAAGCAGGCGCAGAGCUCGGUUCCGCCGCCCUCGAGUCAGCUCGGCGCGUGUCCCAGGACCACUUUUGCUGACGACGCUCCGUGGUGCUCGUCGUCGCAAGGCAAAGCCAGGAAGAAGAGGAAGCCCUACUCUAAGAUACAGCUCGCCGAACUGGAGAACGAAUUCAUGCUCAACGAGUUCAUAAACAGACAGAAACGGAAAGAGCUCUCGGACAGACUGGACCUGAGCGACCAGCAAGUCAAAAUCUGGUUUCAGAACCGCCGGAUGAAGAAGAAGCGGCUGAUGAUGCGCGAGCAGGCUUUCUCCACGUACUGA